UCCUUAGUUCCCUAUCAAAUCCAUUCUCUAUUUAAGCAACGUAAUAAUUGCAUUAUAUAUCUACAAGAUACACGUUUCUUCUCUCUAUAUCUCCUUUUAUUUAUUUAUUCUUUGGUGAAAAGACCUCGCACUUUGAUAAGUCUGUAACCAAUGAAUACAGAAAAUAGCACACCGGCAAGAAAACCUUUGGGCAGAGGGAGGAUUGAGAUCAAGAAGAUCGAGAAUCUGAGUAGCAGGCAAGUCACGUUCUCGAAACGGCGUAAUGGGCUGCUCAAGAAGGCCAAAGAAUUGUCAGUUCUUUGUGAUGCUGAGGUUGCUGUCAUCGUUUUCUCCAGCACCGGAAAACUUUAUGAAUUCUCAAGCACCAGCAUGGACCACACUCUUUCAAGGUACAACAAGGGGGGCCCAAUAGAGCAUCCACAAAAAGAGCGCUCCGGUGACAAUGAACCUGCAACCAACUCUAACUGUAAUGUAAAUGCACUACAGAAUGAGAUUGCAACACUACGCUUGACAUGCACGCGGAUGACGGGUAAGGAACUGGACGGCGUGAGUUUGAAAGACCUGCAGCGUCUAGAGGACCAACUAAGUGAAGGGAUAUUAUGUGUCAAGGACAAGAAGGAGGAAAUACUUAUGGAGAAGCUCAAGAAGUCCAGAUUACAGGAACAAAAGGCCAUGGAGGAGAGCGAGAAUCUGCGCAAAGAGCUUGAGGAGAUGCGGCAAAAUAAGAGGUCGAAUUGGCCAAUUGUGGUUGCAUCCCAUCCUUUGGAGAGGAGGUUUUCCUGCACAAGCUCUAAAGCCGUUUCCAGUUACAAAGCAGAAGAAAGUGACCAUUCAGACACUUCUUUGCAUUUAGGGUUAUCGUCAGAUAUUCAUCGCAAGAGGAAGGCGGCUAAGAUUGAACACAAUUCUAACGAUUCAGGAAGUCAAGUGGCCUCAGACUAAUAUCGUUGAAGAGUUGUUUUCCCAUUCCAAUUUUUCUCAUUAGUUUAGACUUUUGUUGUUCUGCUUGUUAGUCUUGUAACUCUCCGUUAAUGAGUUAAAAGUUUUUUCUUGAAACAUGUAGACAUAUAUACAGAUCAUCAAAGAUUCUACAUAAAAAUAACUAAGCGCAAAUGGGUUAGUAAGUUAAUAAAGCGCUAACAACUUAUUUA